AUGGAAUAUUUUGUCAUACUCACAAACAAAGGUCCUGCGGUGUUUCAGAAGACAUCGCCCACGCAUGGGCGGGUUUUAUUUUCAGGGAGAGAGUAUGCGGUGCCCAUAGACGACUCAGAUUUGGCAAAAAAUGAGGGAAAGGGGGACUCGCAAAUUCAGGCUAUUGUAUGGUCGUCAAUCCAAGUUAUUCAGACGCAGAUGUUUGGGAAGUUUCUUAUCAAGAAGAGAAAGCCUGUUCAGGUUGUGAAAAGAGAUGAAAAGCCGGGGAGCAGCCGACUAACAAGCAAGACCAAGACCUCUGUCAUGGGGAUCCUCCUGGGGGCAGGUCUUGCAAAAAUGUUCAAAAGCCCGUUUGGGAAGGCAAAGGCCUCUGACUCGGGUGAGUAUGUGGAGGGCGAGUUUUCGACGUUUCGGGACGCUCUUAAGAAGGAAAAGCCUCUCGAGCCUCUGAUUGUUUUUGAGGUUGGCGACAAGGGAGAGCUUUUCCAGUGCAAGUUCAAGAUAGCCCUGAGCGAGGACGGAAGCACCCAGUUUGUGAGCGCGCAAGACUGCAGCAAGAAGAGCACCGAGUACUCUCCAGCCGCGAACCUUCUUCUGAAGGGCGCCCAGAAAAACUUCUAUGUGGGAGAGUUCGGGUUCAUCCAGGGCCUUGCCAAGAGCAAAACCUGCAUAAAGGAGGUUGGAAACUGGCUGUACAACACCGACCACACAGAAAUAUUCAGCAACUUGCAAAAUAUCAUUGAGAUGCUUAUAGGCGCAUUUGUAAAUACAGUUGUUCGUUCUCUCUCCAGCGAGUACCAGGUUCCAAGCAUAGACGAGUACAUCACAGCAGACACAAAGGACUAUGCCGGCCUGAUAUACAAGCCGCCCACCAAGACAGCUGCCAUGGAGAAAGUCCUGGAAAAGCUGCAGGAAAUAAGCGACAAAAACCUUGUGAAUGUGGCCAUGGCCACUGCCAGCCUGUCCAUGCUGUCGUAUUUUGACGAGCUUACACAUGUGAUAUACUCAAAUGAGUUUAUUAAGUACAUUGCGUCGGUUGAGGAGAACAUAUCCCGGUACAAGAAGAGAUAUACCUCCGAGCUGAUGGCGGCAGAGCGAAAGUUCAACUGCAACCUGUGCUUUCUUUUUGUUGAUGUGUACCACCGCCUGAUCAAGUACAGGCUUUACAUCACAGAGGCCAUGAAAACGCUGGAAAAGGGGCCGGAAAGGGACACCCACUCGCUCUCGGCCAGGCCUGGAGAGCUCCCAGACUCGGAAGAGCCCGAGAGUGCCUCUGGCGCCGCGCUUUUCCCCAAGGAGAUGGGCGCGCUGUCAGAACACUGCACCCGGCUUUCAGAGCUUCUCAAGGCAACCGAAAGAUUCAAAAAGAUAAAGUCGCUUACCACCUCCGGCAUUGUUUUCCCCGACUGCAUAGAUGACUUCAUAGAGACGUUUGAGCUUACAAACGGGCUUGUCAUCAUCACCCGAGACAAUGUUGUGAUAGUCAACGGCGCCCACGUGACGUCCAUCAUAUCAAAGAAAGAGAUGUUUGCGUGCAUACCUUCGUCCCAGGACACAGAGUACCCCACUGUGUACAUAGACAUAGCGGUUUCGUCCCUGUAUCCGCCAGCAGCAAACUUUGUGACCGACGUGGUUGAGCAGGUGCGUGUCCACUGGAUCCGGCUGAACUUUAAGUGGGACGGAAACCAAAGCAGGUUCAUAGACGCGUGCCAGUGCCGAAGCGUCUCCACAAUUGCAGGCCUGGAAAUGCGCCUGCGAAGCAACACCGUGCCUGUUGGAAGGACUUUGCGCGAUAGAAUGCUCAAGUGCAACGCAAAAAACAGCCACAGGCGCAUGCUUGCUAUCCGGGCGCAGCGCGACUUGGCCCCAACGGCAGACCUGUACACAUACGGGCAGAAAAAGAGAAUGGGCGAGGCUGUUCUUUUUGGGAUCAAGGCGUGGAUUGACUCUGCCCUGCAGGAGUACUCGAACUCGCUCUCUUCUGUCACAGCGCACAAGGCAGCAGCCUUUGACAAGCUCCUUCUCAGAGAGGUCAACAACGUAAUUAAAUACCACAAAACACACGCCAGCAUUUCCGGGCAUGACGAGAAGAAUGAGUUCAGCUGUGUGCUUUCGGACGCCUACUCUUUGGGGCCGGGCAUUCUGGUUUUUGUCGAGUAUCUUUCGUACGUGUACAGAAUGCUUUCGCCUGCGGACGUGCGCGCAUACUCAAACUCUGCCAUGAGCGCGCUCUCGACAGUCCACGAAAUGCGAAACCCCGAGGUGGGAAAUGACGAGUUUUUGGAGCUUGCAAUUGGCUGCUCCAAGUCCAUGGCUGUGCCAGAGUCCCUGGACAGAAACGAGUUUUUGCUGUCUCUUUUGGUGGUAAGAUUCUUCACCAUUGCAGCGCCUGACAUAGGAAUGCACAGAUACUUGGCAAUCUGCGCGCCCCUGUUCAUUUUCAACUCAAGAGACCUCAUUGCUCUCCCAAAGUGCACUGGCCGGUAG